AUGGCAAUAAUCAGUCGAUUUUCAACUUUAACUACUUUAUGUUUAUUGAUUUUAAUUAUUCAAACCAAUGCUGGUAAAGCUACUGAAAAAUUCUUUAUGGAUAAAAUGUGCGGUCAAGAUCAUUUAGUUCUUGAUGGAGAUAAAAGACCGGGCAUUUCAUUUCAAUUAACAAACAGUAAUAAAUAUAAAUCUAACACAAAUUGUACGGUGAAAUUUCGAACUGCUCAACCAAGUCAACGAAUAGUUAUUACAGUAGAAAAAAUGGAUAUUGCUGAUUGUCCAAGUGAUACAUUACUUAUCUAUGAUGGUACAACAGUACUUAAUAAAAAUGCAAAUCAACAAUGUGGUUCACCUGCAUUCUUUACAUUCACAAGCUCAACAACACAAGUAUCAAUAACAUUUCAAAGUAAUUCAGCUGUAGAAUCAAGUGGAUUUCAAAUGGCAAUUGCACUUCAUUUUCCUACGGUUCCUGCAUGUCCUCAAAAUCUUGGUUUUUAUCAAUGUAAAAAUCGAAAUUGUAUUUCGAAACAAUUGAAAUGUGAUGGACGGAAUCAUUGUGGUGAUAGUACAGAUGAAAAUGAAUGCAGUUUAAUUUCUCAUUAA